UUUGUUUCACACGUAGAUAGCAACUCCUUCCAGUAUGGCUUUCUCCCGCCUCCGGAAACAGCACCGCAGGGGUGCCAGCUACGACCAGUUCGCCCGUAUCUGCUGCGCUGUUUCAAAUUACACUCGCCAGAUUUAAACGACCAGCUAAAUCGCGCCGCACAGGCUGGAACGCCUCAAGUGCCUCGUCGGACCAAGCUAGCAGAACAUCGCGCGUAUCGAAAAGUUGACUUCUAAUUUCGGACGGCACGAUGGCGCAAGCCGAAGGUUAUCUAGAACCGCCGCGUUGGCCGCGGAACUUCGAAGAGAUGUAUCGGGCUCGAAAUUGGAGAUUCCACAAAUAUCGGACAGAGGGCCUAGGUCCUGCCUACAACAAUGACUAUUUAGCCUUGAAUCGAACAGCAUGGUUGGCCCAUCCGUUUCCCGGGAGGCAGACGAUGCUCGUCCCUGUCGACCAACCGAUACUGCAACCCCCCCUAAAGCCAUACUUGCCACGGUUACCGGGGGCUAAUAUCCUCGAUGCGCCGCAACCUGACGACAAUCCUAAAAUGAGCAGAGCGAGAGAAAGAUUGCGCCAAACCAAGAACACAUUUGACACACGGGGUCCAUUCAUCUUCGUAAGACCUCUGGGCUAUGGUGGGUUGGGCUUAACAGCCCAAUUCAAGCAGAAGAGCCAGCAUCCUGGAGUGCCGGAUCGAGACAUCGUCGUGAAAGUGGCUCUUCGCGGUUGGGAGGACUCCGACAUUCGCGGUGAAGAGAAAAUGACAAAGAAAGUGGCCCGCGCUGCCCAUUGCAUCCAGAGAAUUGACCCUACGGAGCUCAACGUGAUCCCCAACAAGCCGUUUGAGUUCGAGCCUCCGGAUCUUCUAGACUCGAGUUCCGAGGAAGGGGAGUCGAGCGGCGAGGAGAGUCGCGAGGAUGAACCCGUCGACAAGCCGCCGAUAAAGCGGAGGAGAUGGCGACUUCGGAAUGACGCUGCAGCGAUGAAUGAGAAGCAUAAGAAGUGGCGAGAAAGGACCGCAACGAGGAAGAAAAAGAUCAUGGAUCGAAGCCUCCGAAUCCACCAAAUACACCACUUGAGGGCCACUGGCCUUCCGAACCUUUCUUUCCCGUCUGACCUGGACGUGCUACGCAUGGAUUAUCUGUUAUUGGAAUUUAUGGAAAAUGGCGACGUAGCACAUCUCAUUUACAAGAUCAACGACUUGGGCGAGAAGGUCCCCAAUCGUGUUCUGUGGUCCUUUUGGUCCUGUUUGGUUAAAGCCUGUGUUGCUAUGGAAUACCCCCCGCGGAAGUUCCAUCCUCGGCGCCGCAAGAAGCCCGAACAAAGCGGAAGUAUGGAAGGUGAAAUGGCACAUGCCGGAACCAUCCUCGGACAGCCUAAUUGGAAGGUCCUCGGCAACGACCUUUUCGAAGACCUCCCCCCUCUUACUCGUAGGUGGGCAGGGAAAAGGAAAAGUCUGGUCCACUUCGACAUCGACCCUAGGAAUAUAUUUGUUGGUGGCUUCGACGUCGGUGCCGGAGACGGCGAGCACGAGCUAGUCCCUCGAUUGAAAAUCGCGGACUUCGGCUGCUCAAAAGAGAUCAAGCCUGAUAAGGGAAAUUACUAUUACCUAGCAUUCCGCCAGGUCGGAAAGGAAGGGUUCUUUGCUCCGGAGCAAUUCGGACUGGAGUGGGAAUUCGUAGCACCCAAAGAUGGCUCCGGCCCUGAGAUAUCCGAACAAGCUGUUGCUGGUAACUAUGGAUCACCGAUGAACGUUUGGGGCAUUGCGCAAACGAUGUGGAUGAUGAUAACUGGUUUUUAUCCUCCAUCGCCGCCCGAACCGCACCAAGACGGCCCUUUCACCUCGGUUAGCUAUUGCUCGUUACUCAUGACUGACGAGAAGUACGCGUCUGUCGAUCUUGAGCUCCGCCGGACAAUAGCAGCAUGCAUGAGGCAUAAUCCUCACGACAGGCCAAGUUUACAGAUCCUAAUGCAACAAGCGAGGAGCGGGGUGGCAAAGAGCUAUCCCGACGAGUCCGACACCUUCAUUAGAAACUGGGUCAAGAAGAUGUUUACGGACGCGUCCUAACGUCAACACGCGUGGAUAACGGACCCUACUUCAAUGUCCCGACUUGACCUGGACGUGGCUAGUUAGUCUUCGGCGACGAUAACCUAGAGC